AUGGACAGAAAUGAAGGAGAUUACAUGUUGGUUGAUCAUAAGCAUAAGAAUAAUUUCUACAAAACAACCAAAGUUCGUGUAUCAAAUGAUUUUGAUGUUAUGGUGGAUCUUUAUAAUUUUGUGACUUUUCAGGAUUUGAUAGCCAGGAAUCUCGACAAUCGUAUUGCAUUUGAUUUUCUUGGUCAGAUUGUGUCGACUAAUCCCAUGAAAGUGAUUAUUGAAAAUUCAAGGGAGAAACGGUUGAUGAGCCGGGUUGAUCAGGAUCUAAGUUAA